CAAUGGUUUGUUGUGUCAGUGCGGGGGCAUGCGGGAGACACACGGCUCCAAUACUACAGGAGACUAUUUCGGAGCCGCCAUCGUCAGCCAGUGGGACAGCUCCCAGCACUCCUCGGAGUACCCCACCGACGCCUUCGGAGAGCUGGAAUUCGCAGGGGCUGGCAGGAGACACAGCCAUGUGAGUAACACACACACACACACGUAAGCGCAUGCACAUACCAACAUAUGCACACACGGGCAUGCAUACACUUACAAACACGCGCCCAUACACACACUCAUGCAAGGGCAAAAUAACACAAACAUUGGUGUCCUGGGUUUGGCCUCUGGCCCUUGUUGAUGACCUCAUAGAGGACGGUGUGUGUUUAUUCAGCUGUGUCCAGCACUCAAUCCCCCCCCCCCCCCCCCCCCCCCCCCAGGGUAUUACUAAGGUAUAAAUAACACUAGGACACACACACACACACACACACAUCUCUGUCUGUAUGGUGGCUGGCUGAUUCGUGAAUUAGGUAGCUGGCUUAGUGCCCGUCUACUCAUAACCAUCAAGUGACUCAGCUAUGUUACCACAUUACCCUAUUGAGAGAUUGAGUUCAUGCUAAUCUCAUGAUGUUAUACAAUGCUAUAUGUUAUGAAGUGAAUACGUCACGCAGCCAUUCAUUAACACUAAAUGACAAAAAUGUGAAUGUACACUACCGGUCAAAAGUUUUAGAACACCUACUCAUUCAAGGGUUUUUCUUUAUUUUUUACUAUUUUCUACAUUGUAGAAUAAUAGUGAAGACUUCAAAACUAUGAAAUAACACAUAUGGAAUCAUGUAGUAACCAAAAUAGCCACCCUUUGCCUUGAUGACAGCUUUGCACACUCUUGGCAUUCUCUCAACCAGCUUCAUGAGGUAGUAACCUGGAAUGCAUUUCAAUUAACAGGUGUGCCUUCUUAAAAGUUAAUUUGUGGAAUUUCUUUCCUUCUUAAUGCGUUUGAGACAAUCAGUUGUGUUGUGACAAGGUAGGGGGGGUAUACUGAAGAUAGUAGGUGUUCUAAAACUUUUGACCGGUAGUGUAGUUCAUUUCAAUCUUUUGCUCAUCUACAUCGGGUCUGGUUGAGCUGUACGUUGCUGGUGAAGUGUUGUUCAUAAAUACAGAGAGAUUUAGCAGUGGUGAGAUAUGAGGCUGUCACAGCAGAACGUCUAUCAGGCAUUCUAUGGAACCAUGGCAGAAGAGUCAGUGUAUUAGCAGUGCUGCCAGGCCUCACAACAUUGGCUCAGUCAGACGGAAUGUUCUCACCUGUACCGAUAUCUCUUCACUUUCGAUUAGCUACACCAUAUAGGCAAAACAAGCAACUAGCAAGCAGCACUUUAUGUAGCCUCUUGAUCAUCAUAACUUUAUUGUGUGGCGAUACUCAUUGUCCCUUCCCCACCCUCUUCUCCUCUUCUCUUCCUAUUGGUCAGUUCCUGCGUCUGUCAUGUGACACCCCACCUCAGAUCGUGUACAGCCUGAUGACAGCCCACUGGGGGGUGUCCUCCCCCAACCUGGUGGUUUCUGUUGUGGGGGGUGGGGGGUGUGAGAAGGUCAAGACCUGGGUCAGGGAGGUGCUGAGACAGGGGCUAGUCAAGGCGGCACACAGAACAGGUGAGACCAACACAAACAGACACACACUGGUGUCCUGGGAUUGAGGCUGGUCAGAGCACAGCUGAGGACAACGCCCACUCUGUUUCAUCUAUUUGUUUAAAAUAUAAUUCAUUCAUACACUCUUAGAAGUAAAGGAGCCUAGAAUAACCUUUUGGGAUUCUAAAAAUUGGGAACCUUUCCAGUUCAAAAAGGUUUCUCGAGGAACCUGUGUAAAGGCUCAAACUGGAACCUUUUUGUGAUGGGAGGGGUACAAUUUUGAUUUUUAAAAAUAAUAUAUUGUAGAGGUGACAGCCUAUCAGAAGAUUGGAGGCGUGGCUUAUUGGGGCCGUGGCUUUCAGAUAGUAAUUUUUGGCCACGUUUGAGGAAAUGUCAUUCCUGUUCAUCAUGUUAAGUUUGUACACAAAAAAUUUACAUUUGCCUUGAAUAUUUAUGCAUAUUUUAUAUUCUAAUAUAAUAUUAUUGACAUUGUUGAUUACAUGUAUUAAUAAAGUGGUAACUAUUCCAACUUUGGGAUUUGCAUAUGCUCUAAGGAACUCAUACACCUCUGUAAGCCUCAUUGUUCAACCUUAAAGAUGCACUCUCAAACUUGUAUAUAAUUUGUAUAAUUUCAGCUAGUAGUUUUGAAAGUGGUGCUCACGAGGCAAAAGUGGUCCCUGUUUUUUGUGUACUACGUCAUCAAAUUGUGUUUACUAGUCAUCUAAAUUUGAGGUAUGGUUGGCAAUGACAUGAGAUUAUAAAGUCAAUGUAAUGCACAGAGAUACCGUGACGAGAUCCUGAGGCCCAUUGUCGUGCCAUUCAUCCGCCGCCAUCCCCUCAUGUUUCAGCAAGAUAAUGCACAGAUAAUUUCCUGGAAGCUGAAAAUGUCCCAGUUCUUCCACGUUUGGGAUGCUCUGGAUAGACGUGUACGACAGCGUGUUCCAGUUCCCGCCAAUAUCCAGCAACUUUUCACAGCCAAUGAAGAGGAGUGGGAAAACAUUCCACAGGCCACAAUCAACAGCUUGAUCAACUGUAUAUGAAGGAGAUGUAUCGCUCUGCAUGAGGCAAAUGGUGGUCACAACAGAUACUGACUGGUUUUCUGAUCCACGCCCCUACAUUAAAAAAAAGAUAUAUUUGACCAAGACAUAUCUGUAUUCCCAGUCAUGUGAAGUCCAUAGAUUAAGGCCUAAUGAAUUCAUUUCAAUUGACAGUUUUCCUUUAUAUGAACUGUAACUCAGUCAAAUCUUUGAAAUUGUUGCAUGUUGCAUUUAUAUUUUUGUUCAGAGUAGUAUUUGUCCAGUAGAUUUCCAGAAGGAGAAAGCCCCCUACUUCUAUGUCAAAGAUAAUAAAACAAAACUCUACAGUAAAUACUAUAGUACACCGUACUACAAUCUGUAAAAACAGUACAGUAAAUACUAUAGUACAGGGGUUCCCAAACUAUUUUGGCCCACAACCCUAUUUUUAUAUCUCAAACUGAUCGCGAGCCCAACCAUGUGAAAAAAAAAAAGUAAUUAACAGCCAAUGUUUACUUUUUUAAUUGGGGGUCUAUGGCAGUCAAUUGAAAAAAACAUUCUAACAGCAUUUCUGAUUGUCUUCUCAACUCACCAUAGUAUACUUUUAAAGACGUACUCCAGCUAUUUUUGAACUUUUAAAAACAAUAUCCCAUUUAUAAAUACAGUAAUGGACUUAAAGGUAAAAAAAAAAAAUGUUUUGAGCAAAAUAGUUUUUUAGACAAAAGUACAAACUUCAUGGAGUAAGCCAUUCAAGGAGUUGGCCUGAUGGUGCCCUCUGAUGCCUUUGAAGUAAAUCAGGUAAUACAUUAGCUGAGAAUGAGACUGGAGUAGGAACUGGAGAGACUAGUUUCUGGAGGACAAUGCCAUGCUGACUCACAUGCAUGGUUGGGGCUAGGUGGGGUGUGAACAAUGCUGAAUGGACGUAAACAAAGAAGAGGCUUUCAAAGGCUUUUUCUCCUACAUGUCUCCUAAGUGGGUUUACAGGUUUAUUAACUUUCAAAGCAGCAUAAUUUCCCAGUGUUUCCUCCAACUACAGUGUAAGAUAUACUGUACCAUUUUGAAGCUCUGCGUCUCCUCCUCUUCCUCCUCUUCCUCUGGCUGUACUGGUUAGAUGUUCACAGGACACAUGACCACCUAGGCCAGGUUCAUUAAAUCAAGGCAGGGAAAUAAGCAAGUUCAGCCAUAAAGCAUAAUAAAGCUUGCAGACACGGCAAUGGUAAGAGGCAAACCAGUAGUUCAGAUGACAGCUGAUCCAGAGAAGGAACAGGAUAUACUGAACAGUAGUUUCAUAUAAGUGCAUAAGUGAGCAUUCAAAUUGAGUAUUUGAAAGAAAACCCUUUCUGGGCCUUAUUCCAAUACAUAAUCAUUGAUUUGACGUCAUCUUUCACUGCCAUUAAAUGGACAAAUUGACUUUUGAAGGAAAGGAUGGAUGCAUCUCACAUAUUUUCACAGUGCCCUUGACUAAUAACCAACAGGCUCUUGUUCCUUAUCUGUAUAUUGUUUAUUGUCUAUGAUCCUUUGUUGCUUAGUUGGUAAGAAUGUGGUGCUUGCUAUUCCAAGGUUGUGGGUUCAAUUCCUACAGGGAUUACAUACUUAUUCAAAAAAUGUAUGCACUUACUGUGUCAUAAACAUUUCUCUCUCACUCCCUCACUUCCCUCUCUUCCCCUCCCCCUUCUCUCCCCACAUUUCCCCCUCCUCUUCUCUUUGUCACUUCCUCUCUCUAUCCCAGGGGCGUGGAUAGUGACGGGGGGGCUGAGGGAGGGGGUGGGUCGUUGUGUUGGGGAGGCAGUGAGAGAUCAUGCUGCGGCAGCGUCCUUCCUCUCCCAGAAGAAAGUAAUUGCUGUGGGCGUGGCCCCCUGGGGGAUGGUGCAUAACAGAGAGCAGCUAGUCAACGCACAGGUACACACACACACAUAUGCACGCUCAGAGACACAAACACACUUACACACACGCACAAAUGCACACACACACAUGUCAUGACCACACACACACAAUGUUCAACGUAUACAGAAUGAAACAUGCACAGACACACGCACGUAAGAAGGCACAGGAACACACUACUGUACACUGACACUGUAUACAAAUAAAGAAUGUCCUUCACUUUCCUUCAUCUCUCCCCUCUUUGCUUCUCACCCUCUCUCACUCAGCAAAGCAAAACCACAGGAAAUAUAAUUAGUAACAACAAGGACAUUGUAAUACACAAUGGAUGGUAAUCACAAUGACCUCUCUCUCGCUUUUUCUCUCUCCCCUCCUUUCUUUUCUCUACAUUGACUGAGCCCCUUCUCUACCCUUGCUCUCUCUGUCUCUCCCCCUCCCCCCCUCUCUCUAUACCCCCUCUCUUUCUCUGUUUCUCCUCCCCCCUCCUCCUCCUCUCUCAGGGUAGUUUCCCAGCGAGGUAUUAUGUCCAGAACACGUCCCGUGACUCGUGCUGCCUGGAUAAUAACUACCAGGCCUUCCUGCUGGUGGAUGAUGGUAGUGUAGGCCGGCGGGGAGGGGAAACAGCCUUCAGGUCCAAGAUGGAAGACUACAUCUCCCACCAGCGCGCCGGCAUAUGGGGUGAGACACAGUACACACAUACGCAAAGACACACACAUACUGGUAAGACUAGCGCCCAUCUCCUAAAAGUUUAUAAAAUGCAUUAUAGGUGUACAGGUGAAGUGCAGUAUGUUCAAGCCGCUCAUUGAAGGUGUACUAAGUUCAGAUCGACAGUGUGACUUUUCUUAUCACCACUUACUACGGUAAGCCAAAUUUAUGCUGUCUGUGGAGUGGUCAUUAUCUGCCAUCUAAAGACCCUAGGCCCAGUUACACCCUAACGCAGUGGUCUGAAACUCCUGGUUUACAUGCCACAUCAAGCCUGCAAGUCACAUUAUGCUGGCUUGCAAAGUGAUGUUUACUUCCUUUUUGGGGGUAUGGGGGAUUAUGUUUUUAUUGAGAUCAGACAGUGAAGAGGAGACAGGAAAGGUAGGAGAGAUUAGUGAUGGGUCGUUCGCGAACGAAAGGCUAUUUUUGAACAGCUCUUUUUGGUGAACGUUGGGAACUGAAUCGCAUUGGUUAAAGAGACGUUCAAUUGGCUCUCUGAUUUGCGUACUGCUACACUGCUACUACUGCUUUUUGAUCUUCAAACAACGAUUAUCUGCAAAUAAGUUACACAAUCAUUGUCUGAAGAUGGUGAAUCAUCACUGCAGAAACAAUAAAUAGUAGGGGAGCACAUCGUUCUGGUCCAUGCUCAUUAUUGCAGUGAGCAUCAUUAUUAUUAUUAUUAUUAUUAUUAUUAUUAUUAUUAUUAUUAUUAUUAUUAUUAUUGUUUUCUUCAGGCGGUCUAAUAAUUUGGCCAGGUAAAAAUGUAGCUAUUUGAACAUGCAUAUCAUGAUCUGACAUAAUGGUAGCCUACUUUUUUGGCUUUACAUUUGAGAUGUGUGCAUUUUUUCAGAUUUUCAAGCAUUUUGAAUGAAGAUCCAUUUGGAGCCAAAUGAUGCGGCUCUUUUACAUAAACAGAGCCAAAUAAUGCGGCUCACAUAAAAUACUCGGAAUGCCCCAUGACAAUGGACUCGAACCCAUGCCGACUCUGGUAGCCUAGGCUGUGCAUGUGUGCCGGGUCCGGGGCUUUAACCAUUGGACCAGACAGGCCACAUGAUGUGCAAUUCUGGCCAGAGUGAGACUAUCCAACAAUUGGUACUUUGAAUCACCCGCACUGAGAAUGACAGCCAGGGCAAGGAAAAUGUAUUGAGACUACCUAAAUCAUAUAAACUGGAACAGCCAUCUCGGUAACAGGUGCAAAAAGUCCAAUUACUAACAGAUUGGGUUAGUUUAGAUAUUUUUUUUAUGUUUGUGUAAUCAACCAAUCAAUGUACAUGCAAAAACACAGGUAUUGAAAGAAAAAACAUCUGAAAAUCAACCUGCGAUAUAGCAUGCUGGGAGACACUGUAUGAUAAUGAUGGGCGUGGUUUUGAGCAAACAUACAUUUGUAAUUUUACUCAACAAGCUUGUUCAAAUUCGGCUCACUGUGAGUGUUGAUUCAACGUACAAUUUGUAAGGCAAACAGCUGCAAUAGGAUUUUGAGUUUGCCCAACAUUUGGGCAUAUAGCUGAACCAACAUACAGUAUAGGCAAACAUGAUUUUGAAAUUUUACUCAAACUUUUUCAAAUUCAGCUCACUUCGAACAGAGUUUGUUGAGUAAACAAUCUUUAUUAGCUCAAAUUCUUGUCCAUUUGAAGUCCACUCAACUCACAUAAUAACGCUUUUGGUUAAGUUGGCUUUUUUACUAUGUAUAAAUGCAAGGAAAUCUCCUCUUCUCUUUUGUGACCGAUCUGUCGGGGCACAUAUUUAAAUUGGAUUGAUACAGAGAAGAUUAGCAUGGUCUCCGUGCGCAAGGAUGACACGCACUAUCGUGAAGCGUUCCAAUUUUUUACAUAUAUUUUUUAAUAAGGAAUACGAAUACCUAACCGUUCUAAACCCACAAUGCUUGUGGACAUUCUUAUGAAACAUUUACAUUAAUAUGAUGGACAUUCACAAUGACAUCUGAUCAAUGACUCAUGACUAAAAUCUUAAUUUGAUGGAUUUCUCCCAUCCUCCCCUUCCCUGUACCUGUUAUCUUCCAGGUAGUGGCAGUAUAGAGAUCCCUGUGCUGUGUAUGCUCAUCUCAGGGGAAGCUGCCAUGCUGAAGGUAAGCUAUUACAACAUCACUAUCAUCACUUUUAACUUUACUGUCCAUGUCCAGAACAUUCCCUUCUCCCACCAAACACUCUCUCCCUCCCUCCCUCCCCCCCAGAGGGUGGAUCUCUCUCUGAAGAAGGCUACUCCCUGGCUGGUGUUGAAUGGUUCUGGUCCAGCGGCAGACCUUAUCUGUGAGCUGCUGGAUGCCCUGUCAGAUGUGCCCAUGAGCUGCACCUCUCCCCCGCCAGAGGGUGAGGGGAGCAAGAGCCCCAGCGUGGAGCUGCGCGAAAGGACCCGUGAGAGGGUCAGGAGGCACUUCCCUGCCGAGGCAGACCGGGAGAAGCUUGUGGACAGGGUGCGUGUGGAAGGGGUGGGGUGUGUGUGAGUGAGUGAGCACUUCAUCAUACUGCUUAUUCCUCUUUCUCUCCCUCUCUCUCUCCUUUGUUUUUCUAUCUCUCUCUCUGUCUCUCUCUCCCCUCUCUCUGUCUCUCUCUCCCCUCUCUCUGUCUGUCUCUCUCCCCUCUCUCUGUCUGUCUUUCUCCCCUCUCUCUGUCUGUCUCUCUCCCCUCUCUCUGUCUGUCUCUCUCUUCCCUCUCUCUGUCUCUCUCUCCACUCUCUCUCUGUCUCUCCCCCCUCUGUCUGUCUCUCCCCCCUCUCUCUGUCUGUCUCUCUCCCCUCUCUCUGUCUCUCUCUCCCCUCUCUCUGUCUCUCUCUCUCCCCUCUCUCUGUCUCGCUCUCCCCUCUCUGUCUCUCUCUCCGCUCUCUGUCUCUCUCUCCCCUCUCUGUCUCUCUCUCUCACCGUCUCUCUCUCACCGUCUCUCUCUGUCUCUCUCUCCCCUCUCUGUCUCUCUCUCUCACCGUCUCUCUCUCCCCUCUCUGUCUCUCUCUCCCCUCUCUGUCUCUCUCUCUCUCUCUCACCGUCUCUCUCUCUCUGUCUCUCUCUCCCCCUCUCUCUGUCUCUCUCUCCCCUCUCUCUGUCUCGCUCUCCCCUCUCUCUGUCUCUCUCUCUCUCCCCUCUCUCUGUCUCGCUCUCCCCUCUCUCUGUCUCUCUCUCUCUCCCCUCUCUCUGUUUCGCUCUCCCCUCUUUCUCACUCCUUUGUUUUCUCUCUUUCUUUCCCAGGCUCUGAGUAUCUAUCAGAACAGAGAUCUGAUCACAGUGUUCCACGGGGAGCAGGACAGUCCUGAUGAUUUUGACACAGUGCUACUGAAGGCUCUGGUCAGAGGUAGGUGUGCGUGAGUUGUGUGUUUGCUAUCUGUUGACAGAUAUGUUGAACAUGAUCCUGGUCAAGCUAUUCAUUCGUUCUAUGUAAUUUUCUGUCAGCCAGUAAACGUGUGUCCAGCGAUGCCAGUGAGUACACAGAGGAGCUGAAGCUUGCAGUAGCCUGGAACAGGGUGGACAUCGCUAAGAGUGAACUCUUCAAUGGAGACAUCCAAUGGAGGGUGAGCUGCUCCUCACUUCUGACGCCACUCUUUAACGCCAUUUAUUUUCUUUUUUAAUGUUAUUUAGUUGACAGUGCAUUUAUUCUAUUCAAAACGACAGACACAACUUCUCUGUAUCUGAUAACAUGAGGAAAAUAAGGAACUUCUUCACGAAUUGGAAAUUGGAACAAUACAGAGAAGGGAAGUUGGAAAUCACAACAACUUCCAAUUUAUGAAGUGUUCCUUUAUUUUCUCACUCGGUAGGAUGGUAUUAUUUCACUUUUGACAGACAGACAGAUAGAUAGAUAUGUUUAUAAAAACAUCCUCCCGCAGUACGAGGACCUGGAGGACUCCAUGACGGAUGCCCUGAUCAACAACAAGCCCCAGUUUGUACGUCUUUUCAACGAGAACGGCCUCAACAUCCUGGACUACCUGAACUACCAGCGACUGGAGGGCCUGUACCGCUCGCUGUCCAACAGCUCUCUGGCCUACACGCUUCUCCAGCGACACCUCACAGAGAGGCAGAGCCUGGCCAGAUCCCUGCCCACUGUCCCCUGCUCUCCGGAUGAGCCCACGCCCCUCAAGAGCCCCCAGAGCCCUAUGAGCCCCAUAUCAGGACCCUCCUCUGCCAAAGAGCUCAGCUUGUAUGAGGUGAGGAGGGGUUGCACUUUAUUUUAUGGUAUAGAAACGAAUAGGUAUUUAUUGAGAAAUGGCAUGGUAAAUUGGUAAAAUAGGAGGUGUGAAAGGGGAGGUAUGGGGUCAUUCGCUGUGUGUGGAGUUGAGGCGCAUUUAGUCUAAUUUAGGUAUUCUGUUCUCAGUUAAAAAUGACUUCCUCUUGCCUCUCCCUCCAGGUGUCACGGUUACUAUGGGACAUCCUGGGAGAUGUGUGUCAGCCCUUCUACUACAGUCCUCUGGGUUUGGACAAGAGCACCAGCACCUGGAGAACACUGAAGGUAGUGGCUGCCAUAGCUGCGUUCCAAAUAGCACUCUCUCCCCUAUACACUCUUAGAAAAAAAGGUUGCUAAGUAGAACCAAAUAGGGUUCUUCGGCUUGUCUCCAUAUGGGAACACUUCUACCAAGAACCCUUUUAUCGUCUAAACCCACUGGGCACAGACAUCAGUUCAACGUCUAUUUUUUAUUUACAUUUGGUUGAGUUGUCAACUAACUUGAAUUCAACGUGAAAUCAAGAACAAAUGUCACCAUGACAUGGGAUUUAGGUUAGAAAAAUACGAAAUUCCCUUACGUUGAUGACUUUUUGCAAAUACAAUCAGUUUUUCCCAUUGAUUCAAUGUCAUCACAAAUAAUAGUUUUGUUGAAAUGACGUGGAAACAAUGUUGAUUCAACCACUUUUUGCCCAGUGGGAAGGUUCUUCCUAUAACCCUCUAUCAAGGGUUCUACCGAGAAACCUGUGGUCCUCUGUAGCUCAAUUGGUAGAGCAUGGCGCUUGUAACGCCAGGGUAGUGGGUUCGAUCCCCGGGACCACCCAUACGUAAAAAUGUAUGCACACAUGACUGUAAGUCGCUUUGGAUAAAAGCGUCUGCUAAAUGGCAUAUUAUUAUUAUAUUAUAAACCUAUUAUCUUUGAACAGUUCAUCGUAUAACCUGCUAUGAAAAGGUUCUAACAGCCUUAUUAGCCUUUAAAUUAACCUCUUUUAUCACAAUACAUGACAUACUGUAUAUCAUAAUGCCUUACUUUGAGGGCCUAGUUAUACCCUAACACAGUGGUCUGAAGCUCCUGGUUUACAGGCCACAUUAGUCCUGCAAAUCACAUUAUGCUGGCUUGCAAAGUGAUCUCGCUCUCCGUGGCCGAUGUGAGUAAAACUAUCGUUCCGUAGCACUCACAUCUGUAAUUAUGAAGUGCUUUGAAAGGCUGGUCAUGACACACGUCAACACCAUCGUCCCAGAAACCCUGGACCCACUCUAAUUUGCAUACCGCCCCAACAGAUCCACAGAUGACCCAAUCUCAAUUGCACUUCACACUGCUCUCUCUCACCUGGACAAGAGGGUAAAUAACUAUGUGAGAAUGCUGUUCCUAGACUACAGUUCGGCGUUCAACAACAUAGUCCCCUCCAAGCUCAUCACCAAGCUCCGGACCCUGGGACUGAACGCCUCCCUCUGCAACUGGACUUCCUGACAGGUCGGCCCAAGGUGGUGAGGUUAGGCAACAACCACACCUCCGUCACACUGACCCUCAACACGGGGGCCCCUCAGGGGUUUGUGCUUAGCCCCUUCCUGUACUUCAUGUUCCCCCAUGACUGUGUGGCCACGCACGAUCAUCAGAGAAUUGGCAGUGUGGUGCCAGGACAACAGACUCUCCCUCAACGUCCCAAGAACAAGGAGCUGAUCGUGGACUACAGGAAAAAGACGUCUGGCAGGGCUGUAGUGGAGUGGGUUGAGAGCUUAAAGUUCCUUGGCGUCCACAUCACUAAGGACUUAACGUGGUCCACACACACCCGCACAGUCGUGAAGAGGGCACGACAGAGCCUCUUCCCCCUCAGGAGGCUGAAAAUAUUUGGCAUGGGCCAAAAAGUUCUACAGCUGAAGCAUCUAGAGCAUCUUGACUGGCUGCAACAUUGCUUGGUAUGGCAAAUGCUCGCCCUCAACCCCAAAGCAUUAUAUAGAGGGUGGUGCGGACAGCCCAGUACAUCUUUGGGGCCGAACUCCCUGCCAUCCAGGACCUCUAAUAUCAGGCGCUGUCAGAGAAAGGCACGAAAAAUUGCCAAAGACUUCAGCCACUCAAGCCAUAGACUGUUCACUCUACUAAUGUCAGGCAAACAGUACCGAAGAAUUGGCUCUCAGACCAACAGGCUCCGAGACAGCUUCUACCCCCAAGCCAUAAGACUGCUAAAUAGUCUGGGUAACCAUUUCAUUAGCUAUCUGUACAGACCCUAUCUUGCACUCACGCUAUGCACACUCACAAUACUAUUUAGCAGGGGUUGGAACCAAAAUUAUGUUUCAAUCAUUCCAUUCCACUGUUCCGACCAGCAAAAGAACGUUCUGAACUGGUUUGAACUAAAAAAAAGUUUAUAUCAUUCCUUUCUGUUCCUUUUUUAACCUGUAAAAUCAACCUUUUUUUACAUUUAGCUCAUUAAAUUACCAAUCAGUGCGGAUAAAGCAGGCAAGCUAUUUGUUUACAUGUGUGAUGGACAGACAAGUGUAGCCUAUGGCGCAAGAUGAGACUGACAUUUUGUGGGUGGGGAGAAAGCAAGAGAGGGUUGAGGAGUAGGCUUGAAGUGCUGGGCAUCUUGUUAUGACAUGCAUUAUCUGAAUUAGGUUCACAGAAUUAUACCUAGUAUGAGCGGCUCCUAUGGAGGAACUUUUAUUGUCCUUUGAGCUAGCUAGCUAACAAGCCUGUGUGUGCAGAGUGGCACCAGAAUUAAAAAUUAAAAACACAUCUUACCUUUUUUAGUUAGUAAAUUCAACGUGAAACGUGAUAACUAGGCCUAUAAUAUCCUUAACUAGCAUUGAAGACGUUAAUCCAUUCUUGUCUAGCGAAUUUAAAAUCUCUUUCCCUAUCUUCUGAAUCACGAUUGAAAUGUUUGUACAGUAGCCUAUGCUUCGGAUGGGAGAGGGGCAGGUAGCCUAAACGCGCGCACACGCACUGACAAAGAUUUUCAGCUUGCAUGCAGACACUGGAAUAAGUUUCUGAGUGACAGAGUGGGGGUUUUGCAUAGGCGCUUUGUAGCGUUUUUUUGUUGAACUAGAAAAAAAUGCCUGGAACGUAAAAUAGAUAUUAACCGGUUCCCAUGCUUUUAAAAUAACCGUUCUGUUCUGGAACAGUAUGGAUCACUGUUGUUCCAGGCUCUGUUUCUGUUGCUUGAAAAAUGUUGUUCUGUUCCCUGAACCGGUUCCAACCCCUGCUGUGUUCCAUGACAUAGACUGACCAGGUGAAUCCAGGUGAAAGCUAUGAUCCCUUAUUCAUGUCACCUGUUAAAUCCACUUUAAUCAGUGUAGAUGAAGGGCAGGAGACAGGUUAAAGAAGGAUUUUUAAGCCUUAAGACAAUUGAGACAUGGAUUUUGUAUGUGUGCUAUUCAGAGGGUGAAUGUGCAAGACAAAAUAUUUAAGUGCCUUUGAACGGGGUAUGGUAGUAGGUGCCAGGUGCACCGGUUUGAGUGUGUCAAGAACUGCAAUGCUGAUGCUUUUAUCACGCUCAACAGUUUCCUGUGUGUGUCAAGAAUGGUCCAGCAUCCCUGUGGAUCGCUUUCGACACCUUGUAGUCCAUGCCCAAACGAAUUGAGGCUGUUCUGAGGGCAAAAGGGGGUGCAACUGAAAAUUAGGAAGGUGUUCCUAAUGUUUUGUACACUGUGUAUAUACACCAUACUGUAUAUACACUCACACACACUACACUGACACUCUCACACAAACACACACACAUCCCCCUCACACACAUGCGCAUAGUGACGCCACACACACUUUCACACUCAUUAUAUGCUACUGCUACUCUGUUCUUUAUUUUACUCUUAUUAUUAUCUAUCCUGAUACCAAGUCACUUUCUCCUGGCUUCAUGUACAUAUCUACCACACAUACCUGGUACCCCUGCACAGUGAAAUGGUACUUGUACUGCCCGUAUAUAGCUUCAUAUUUGUGAAUUUUAUUCCUGGUCUUAUAAAAAAAAAUUCUGUAUAAAUUUUUUAGAACACUGCGUCAUUGGGAAGGGAAAGGAAAGGGAAAGUGGGAUACCUAGUCAGUUGUACAGAAGGGCUCAUAAGUAAGCAUUUCACGGUAAAGUCUAUACCCGUUAUAUUCGGUGCAUGUGACACAUUUUUAUUGGAUUUUUGGAAUCCUUUUUUCUAAGUGUAUAGUGCACUACCAGGGCACAUUAAUUACAAAUACAUCUGUUCUCAAUGACAAGGUCCAGUGAUGUGUACUAACUAGGCCUACUUACUACUUACUAGGCCUGUAGACUCCACCAAUAUAGUUGAAUUAUCAACGCUGCUAAGGUGAUACCACUUUAUUACUGGUCAUGGGAAACUGUGACUGCUGUGCUAACCAAGCUGUAUUUACUCUCUCCCUAUCUCUCUCUAUGUGCUGUAUCUCUCUUCCCCAUCUCUCCCCUCUCUCAGCAAGUGAAUAAGUUGUUGCUGGGGGAUUGUCCGUACAGGGAGCAGCUCUGUGUGUAUCCCUGGGCCUCUCUGUUUAUCUGGGCUGUGCUGCAGAACCGCAGCGAGAUGGCCAUCUACUUCUGGGAGAUGGUAAUUGAUUAAAUAAUGAUUUUAUUUCACUUUUAUCUGACCAGGUAAGUCAGUUAAGAAUGUAUGGGACCAGGCAGCAGUAAUGACAACAAUGAACAAUGACUCUUAAAUGGUUGGGUACUUGACUCUCAGAACUGUAUCAAUGCAGACACAUUUUAGCAUCUCUCUCCCCUUUUUAUUUUUUUGUGACUCAUUUUUCAUUUCGUUUUGUUAUCUUUUUUAGAGGGGGUGGGGGUUACAGGAACAAUCAAAUGAAUACAUACAAAGAUAACCCCAACCCAUUCCCCCCCUGUCCCCAUCCACCUGCCUGCAUCCUCCCUCCGCACCUGAAAACCAAGUUUCCCACCCCGCCUAGCCCCUCACCCCCCACCCAACCCGACCUGAAGAAAGCAUGCCUCCCACCCCUUCCCAUCCCACCCAGCAACCGAGGUUGCUUAUCAGUCCCCCUCCCACCCAUUCAUCCCCUGAGUCUCCCCUUACAUUCCCCCCAAUCGCCACGCCCUCCCCCCACAAUGACCCGAGCCCCCCCCCCCCCCCACCCUAUACCACCCCUUCCCUGAAAAGCCUGAAAGCAAAGAACGUAACAGAUAUAGAUGGGGGGCUUUAGCCUGUAAUCAGAGAGUACAGUGGGGAGAACAAGUAUUUGAUACACUGCCGAUUUUGCAGGUUUUCCUACUUACAAAGCAUGUAGAGGUCUGUAAUUUUUUUUUUUCAAAAAUCCCGAAAAUCACAUUGUAUGAUUUUUAAGUAAUUAAUUUGCAUUUUAUUGCAUGACAUAAGUAUUUGAUACCUCAGAAAAGCAGAACUUAAUAUUUGGUACAGAAACCUUUGUUUGCAAUUACAGAGAUCAUAGGUUUCCUGUAGGUCUUGACCAGGUUUGCACACACUGCAGCAGGGAUUUUGGCCCACUCCUCCAUACAGACCUUCUCCAGAUCCUUCAGGUUUCGGGGCUGUCGCUGGGCAAUACGGACUUUCAGCUCCCUCCAAAGAUGUUCUAUUGGGUUCAGGUCUGGAGACUGGCUAGGCCACUCCAGGACCUUGAGAUGCUUCUUACGGAGCCACUCCUUAGUUGCCCUGGCUGUGUGUUUCGGGUCAUUGUCAUGCUGGAAGACCCAGCCACGACCCCUCUUCAAUGCUCUUACUGAGGGAAGGAGGUUGUUGGCCAAGAUCUCGCGAUACAUGGCCCCAUCCAUCCUCCCCUCAAUGUUCUUGGGGUUGUACUCAUCCUUCUUCUUCCUCCAAACACGGCGAGUGGAGUUUAGACCAAAAAGCUCUAUUUUUGUCUCAUCAGACCACAUGACCUUCUCCCAUUCCUCCUUUGGAUCAUCCAGAUGGUCAUUGGCAAACUUCAGAUGGGCCUGGACAUGCGCUGGCUUGAGCAGGGGGACCUUGCGUGCGCUACAGGAUUUAAAUCCAUGACGGCGUAGUGUGUUACUAAUGGUUUUCUUUGAGACUGUGGUCCCAGCUCUCUUCAGGUCAUUGACCAGGUCCUGCCGUGUAAUUCUGGGCUGAUCCCUCACCUUCCUCAUGAUCAUUGAUGCCCCACGAGGUGAGAUCUUGCAUGGAGCCCCAGACCGAGGGUGAUUGACCGUCAUCUUGAACUUCUUCCAUUUUCUAAUAAUUGCGCCAACAGUUGUUGCCUUCUCACCAAGCUGCUUGCCUAUUGUCCUGUAGCCCAUCCCAGCCUUGUGCAGGUCUACAAUUUUAUCCCUGAUGUCCUUACACAGCUCUCUGGUCUUGGCCAUUGUGGAGAGGUUGGAGUCUGUUUGAUUGAGUGUGUGGACAGGUGUCUUUUAUACAGGUAACGAGUUCAAACAGGUGCAGUUAAUACAGGUAAUGAGUGGAAAACAGAAGGGCUUCUUAAAGAAAAACUAACAGGUCUGUGAGAGUCGGAAUUCUUACUGGUUUUGUAGGUGAUCAAAUACUUAUGUCAUGCAAUAAAAUGCAAAUUAAUUACUUAAAAAUCAUACAGUGUGAUCUUCUGGAUUUCUGUUUUUGAUUCCGUCUCUCACAGUUGAAGUGUACCUAUGAUAAAAAUUACAGACCUCUACAUGCUUUGUAAGUAGGAAAACCUGCAAAAUCAGCAGUGUAUCAAAUACUUGUUCUCCCCACUGUAUAUGCUGGAGUGCCUUGGUUGCAUGUGAAUUGUAGUUAGUCUUAUUAGCUUUUUCCCACACGUCCAAAAUUGCAUUCAUGUCUGUCCCAAUAACCAGAUGGAAUUCAGUUAAUUCUAACAGACCGCAUAUACCAUUUUCUUUCCAUUAUGGAUACAUUUAAGGAAAGUGAUUCUACCUUCUUGGUCUUCGCCUUUACCCAAGAUGGUAAUUUUUAGUUUCUUAUGUACCAUUAUGAUUACACCUUUAGUUUUGUUUGGGGCUGAUGAAAAAGCAGCCAGUUUGUACAAUUGGUUCUCUGUUCUAUGUGAGUCCUUUUGGAACUUUGUUACUAGGAUAUCAAGACAGCUGGAACGUUUAAUAGGACAGUUUAGGCCUUCCAGAUUCCAAGAGAGAAGAGCUAGUGUUGCCAUUGUUUUAAAAAUAAAAUAUUAUUAAUGAUGUAAUUGUUAUCUUUAGUGUUAAUAAGCCCAUGAAUGUGAAACAAAAAGCAGGACUCACAGGGAAACCCACCCAUUGGUCGUUCCCCACCCAGAACCCCCCCCCCCCCCCCGUGAAGUUAGGGUUAGGUUUAUAGAUUUUAUGACUUUGUGGCUGUACCAGCUAGUGACCACUGCAGAGCUUCCUCCAGAACAAGAUUCAUGACGAAAAAUGCCAACUUGCUAAUAAUUACCAACUUCUUGUAGCAGGCAUUAUAGAAAAUUAACAUAGGUCUCAUAAACAAUCUUUCAAGCACAAUCCCAUGUGCUAGUGAGUAUCCAGCUAAUCUAUUUGCUUGCUAACAAGGUAGAAAAGUGCAGUCGCAAAAACCAUCAAGCGCUAUGAUGAAACUGGCUCUCAUGAGGACCACACAGGAAUGGAAGACCCAGAGUUAUCUCUGCUGCAGAGGAUAAAUACAUUAGAGUUACCAGCCUCAGAAAUUGCAGCCCAAAUAAAUGCUUCACAGAGUUUAAGUCACAGACACAUCUCAACAUCAACUGUUCAGAGUGGACUGUGUGAAUCAGGCCUUCAUGGUCGAACUGCUGCAAAGAAACCACUACUAAAGGAUACCAAUAAUAAGAAGAGACCUGCUUGGGCCAAGAAACACGAGCAAUGGACAUUAGACCGGUGGAAAUUUGUCCUUUGGUCUGGAGUCCAAAUUGGAGAUUUUUGGUUCCAACCGCCGUGUCUUUGUGAGACGCGGUGUGGGUGAACGGAUGAUCUCCGCAUGUGUAGUUCCCACCGUAAAGCAUGGAGGAGGAGGUGUUAUGAUGUGGGGGUGCUUUGCUUGUGACAAUGUCUGUGAUUUAUUUAGAAUUCAAGGCACACUUAACCAGCAUGGCAUUCUGCAGCUAUACGCCAUCCCAUCUGGUUUGCGCUUAGUGGGACUAUCAUUUGUUUUUCAACAGGACAAUGACCCAACACACCUCCAGGCUUUGUAAGGGCUAAUUUACCAAGAAAGAGAGUGAUGGAGAGCUGCAUCAGAUGAUCUGACCUCCACAAUUGAGAUGGUUUGGGAUGAGUUGGAGGGCAGAGUGAAGGAAAAGCAGCCAACAAGUGCUCAGCAUAUGUGGGAACUCCUUCAAGACUGUUGGAAAAGCAUUCUAGGUGAAGCUGGUUGAGAGAAUGCCAAGAGUGUGCAAAGCUGUCAUUAUGACAAAGGGUGGCUAUUUGAAGAAUCUCAAAUAUAUUUUUGAUAUGUUUAACACUUUGUUGAUUACUACAUGAUUCCAUAUGUGUUAUUUCAUAGUUUUGAUGUCUUCACUAUUAUUCUACAAUGUAGAAAAUAGUCAAAAUAAAGAAAAACCCUUGAAUGAGUAGGUGUGUCCAAACUUUUAACUGGUACUGUACAUUUUAAUUAAUUAGAUGUAUCGCUCAACCCUAGGUCAGAGCCCCCGAUUUAUCUGCGAGGCAAACAAUUUGCUGUUUGACUUCAAAACGGUGGAUUCAUACAAUCAUACACCGAGAACCGAGAGGACCCGUGCGGUGUGCAAUGUUUGUCAGCGUCAUGGGACCCAGCUUCUCCUCCCCAAACAGUUCAUAGAAAAGAUUGCUCAUGAAGGAAGUUGGGUUGUCCGCUUCCACACCAGUUUCAAGUUCUGUGACCCGCACAUCAAAUUUACGGGAAUGAUUUUUGAGUUAUUCUGUUGUCUUUUUUUAGGAGAUUGGUUUCCCCUUCUAGCUUAGUUUGCACUGUUUCCAGGUUAUGGAGUCGCCCCUCUGUCACAUUGGCCGCUGUCUCCAAACGUUCCACUUUAGUUGAGUAGGUAUCCACUUUAGAAGUGAGCAGUGCAAUAGAUUAAUGUAUUGGUUUUAAUUGCAAGUCGAGCGCAGAGGUUACUUCCUCACAAUCAAUCUCUCGGAUAGUAGUGGCCAACUCUUUUUGUUGUCGGGUGUUGAAAGCCGCCAUGUUCCCACAGGUGAAUUGUGAACGGACAGAAUAUGCCAGCUGCUGGAGAGAAAUAAACCUGCUAUUGUUCCUUGUAAUACAGUGAACGUCCCACACCUUAAUGUGAUGUUACUGUAUGUGUUGACAAUUCUUUGAAAAUAAGUCAGUUAAUUCAUAGUUAUUUUUGCAAAAGAAAACCACGAGAACGCCAAGCGUUUCAAUGCCACCGGAACCGUAACUCUGACAUGUUACUGAUGUUAAAACAAUCCCCUUUUUCUAUCUCUCACUCGCUCUCUCGCUCAUUCUCUCUCUCUCGCUCAUUCUCUCUCUCUCUCUCUCUCUCUCUCUCUCUCUCUCUCUCUCUCUCUCUCUCUCUCUCUGUCUCUCUCUCUCUCUCUGUCUCUCUCUCUCUCUCUCUCUCUCUCUCUCUCUCUCUCUCUCUCUCUCUCUCUCUCUCUCUCUUUCUUUCUCUCUCUCUCUCUCUCUCUCUCUGUCUAGGCAGGGGAGUCUGUCCUCAGUGCUCUGGCAGGCUGUACGAUUCUGAGGGAGCUGUCUAAGCUGGAGAGUGAGACGGCGGCCAAGCUCUCUAUGAAGGAGCUAGCACAGAAGUUUGAGAACUUGGCCCAUGGUGGGUUAGCCUUAUUCUGGCUUUUUGUUUGUGCUGUGAGGGUGUCAAUUUUAGUUGGUUCCAAAUGUUUUGCUAGUCUGAUUCUUAAUGUGUUGGGCUGCUCCCUGACAUUCUGAUUCCCCAAUUAAAGCCUAGACAGUCAAUGUAUCCAAGUAAUGCCUUGGGGCAUUUAUCUGUUUUGCAUACAAGUGAACAGCUUGUAUUUUGUGAGUGAAGCAAUACCCCAUAAUGCCUAGUAGCGGGUCCGGAUCAGAAUGCAAGGGACCACCUGUUCGAAAAGUCUGCUGGAGGGCAUCCCAGUCUGGGACCAUUUGCAAUAUUUUCAGACUCAAGGCCUGUAGGAUGAGGAUGGAAGCAAACCAAUUUGCACCCCUUAUUCCUAAUGUGAAAACCUGUGACCCGUUUCCUCUCUCUAGACGUGUUCAGUGAGUGUGGAGUGUUAACCCUUUAAUCGUCUCUCUAGAUGUGUUCAGUGAGUGCUACCAGAGCAGUGAGAGUCGCUCUUUCACCCUCCUUAUAAGGCAGUCUCCGGUGUGGGGCGAUGCUACCUGUCUGGAGAUGGCCACCGCAGCCGAUGCCCGCCUUUUCUUCAGUCACGAUGGCUUGCAGGUCUGUAUUAAACCAAGGGAUCAGGGGUCAGAGAUCAAGGUGUGUGUGUGUGCGUGCGUACGUGUGUGAAUCUCUGUGUGAAUCUGUGUGUACGUGUGAUCUGUAUGUUCACAUUCAUCUUUAUAAAACUAACCAGAAUUCCAAAGUGUGUGUGUUAGAACAUGGAGGGUGGUUAAUUGAAGUUUCUCAGGACUAACUCUGCUUCUACCUCUUCCUCUGGCAGUCUCUGCUGUCUCAGAUCUGGUGGGGAGACAUGGAGAGGAGCACGGAGGUCUGGAAACUGAUCCUCACCUUCUUCUUACCCCCCCUCAUCUACACCAACCUCAUCAGCUUCAGGUUAGUGGCUACCUGUCUGUCUGAGAAUUUCCAAACCAUUAAGCAUAAUAAGCAUUAAGAUACAGAGAAGAUUGGCUACCCACUUGGAACAAAUACUACAGUUUACUAUAGAAUACUACAGUACUUACAAUAGAAUGCUAUAGUAAAAUUUAGUAUACUGUAGAAUACUAUACUAACAGAGGAUGUGAGCGGAGUUGAGCGGUCGCAAAUCCCGCUCAAUCGCUCAACGUCCACAUUCACCCGCUUCGCAAAAAACCCCUCACAGGAAAAAAUAACUGCCACUCCAAAUUCACUCCAUUCAUUUUAGUUUAAAAACAUAAUUUAACUAACCCCAUCUACUGUACUUUUGUGACUAUGUACCAUUUGGUUUUGAAGUCGCUCUCAACCAAGGGCGUAGGAGCCAGGGUACAGGGGGGACAUGUCCCCCCUAAUUAGGGCUGGGCGAUAUGGCCAAAAUAUCACAUAACGGUAUUAUUCAAACAUUUUCAUGCUUUGCCUAUUCCUUUUUGAUUUAGAAGAUACUGUUGCACAAACAACAUGCUGAUUUUAGGCCUACACCUUCACUGGUAUCAGGCUGUAUAGCUAGUUACGUUUGCUUGGAAUCAGUACAUUUAUUAGCUAGCUAGCCAUUAGAUAAAUAAAUGUGCCCUCCCGCAACACAGUGGUCCGAGUGGUCUGAGGCAGGUGUUAGAUUAGAUUAGGAGCUUUUCAAGUGCAACGUUAAUAACGAUGGUUUUGGGAAACAGUUUGGAGAUUUAAUGAUGCUCCUACAAAGGUUAUAACGAUGAACUUAGCCUUAAGAUGCUUUUGGUGCGGCCUACAAUAACCAUUGGCGCCUAUCAUUGUAGGAAAAAAAGCCAAAAUUAAAUGAAAAUUCAUUUUGUAGUAAUUGUUAAUUUUGUGGUUUUUAACACUUUAAACCCUUUAUUUUAUUAUAAUGUACAUAUAUUUAAUGAUUACUGAAGGGAAACAGUUCAUUUCCAAGUUUUUUAAAACAUUUUAGUUAGCAUGCCCAAUGCAAUGUGAAUACGCAAGCUCAAACUUCCCCUUGUUGCAGCUGACUCGGGCAACUCAAAUCAAGUUUGUCACGUUUCAUAAAGAACAGCUGUAGACUGACAGUGAAAUGCUUCCCUAUGGGCCUUUCCCAACAAUGCAGGGAGAAAAAAAUGACAUUGGAGAAAAAUUCAAAAAUAAUAUUAUUAUUAUUAUUUUAACACUAGGAAUAAAUAUAAAAAUAAUAACACAAGGAAUAAAUACCCAAUGAGUAACAAUAACUUGGCUACAUACACAGGGUACCAGUACCAAGCUGUUGUGCAAGGGUAUGAGCUGAUUGAGGUAGAUAUCAAGAUAACAUGCUACAGAUCAAUGAAAUCAGGCUGGUUUAGAACAAAAUAAUUAGCAAGCUAGCUAUCUAGUAAUGCAGCACUAUAAAGCUGUCAUUUACAAUCAAUGAUGUAGUUAUGAACACAAGUGGUCCGAUUUGCUGCUAACAUUUUGUCCAUUCAUAUAAUGAGGUUCACACUUCUAUUGCCAAUGUAAUUUGCUUGCCUUGAUCUUUGGUUAUUUGCUGUCCAAAAUAACAUGAAAAGUGAUAAAAAAAUAUGUAAAAGCAUUGGGUAGGUGUAGAUGAAAUGUCUACCAAUACAGUUACACCAAUCCACUGCUUUUAAAUCUUUGAGGGGGUGUGAACGAGUGCAGAGGCGAGAAGGGUUGAGGGAUUUGUAGCCCUGUGUAGCUCAGUUGGUAGACCAUGGCGUUUGCAACGCCAGGGUUGUGGGUUUGAUUCCCACGGGGAGCCAGUAUGAAAAAAGUAUGAAAUUGUAUGCACUCACUAACUGUAAGUCGCUCUGGAUAAGAGCAUCUGCUAAAUGACUAAAAUGUAAAUGUCUAAAAAUGGGAUUGGGCUCCUGUCAUCCUAUAGUAGCCUAGCGCACCCAGUUACCUCUUUCUUAGUCAUCAAUCAUCGUUGAAGCUGAUAGAGGACUAUCAGAAUAAAAGCUUGUUGUUUCAUUUAGCUAAUUCGUUGUUAUUACUAUGAGCAAAGUUGCCAGUACAGUAUUUAAUUUGCAUAUACCCUGCCUAUUCCCUUCCCCCGUAUCCCAAUGUGUGCCACCCAUAAGUGAGAAACCUACAUGCCAAGUAUAGACCAUAUUGUGUUCCCUACAGGUUAUAGAAAAGAGCAGAAGCUCUGAACUAUCUGUUCAGACCACAGUCCUAUUUAGAGGUUUUGGAAAAUGUGCUCUUUUAGUAUUUUGUCCAGUAGGUUUCCUCAAGGAGAAAGCCCCCACUUCAAUGUGAAAGAUAAUGAAACAAAAACACUAUAGUAAAUGCUACAGUUAAUUGGAAGAGGAAAUGUAAACCCUAACAUAGUCUAUUAGCUAGAAAGGUAUCUUGGCAGCGUAUAGAAUAUUUAGCUGAAAAUGUUCUGCAAAUCAACAAAAUUCAUUAAGGUGAGAGAAAAUGUUGCACUUUUGAAACAAAUGUCCUGCAAUUCUACACAUGGAGCUAAUGCAGUAUUCCUCUGCUCAAACAUUAUAGCAAAGUCAAUGGGUAUGUGUCCUGAAUGCCCGGU